CUCGAGUCUGUGCGGGGAAAGUUACUCUAUAUUUGCUCACGGUCUCUGCUAGUUGUGGACAGGAAACGCUCUUGACACUUGAGACGUUGUGUAUACCAAGCCCGCGGGUGUUUACUUGGAAGUAGGUCCCAGUGCGUUCAGCGGGGCUUACUCCCAGGUCUGAAGAAAAUGUCUUUAUUUAAAGCUCGUGACUGGUGGUCUACAGUAGUUGGCAAUGAAGAAGAGUUUGAUCAAGGAUGCUUAUGUGUUGCUAAUGUUGACAACAGUAGCAAUGGACAAGAUAAAAUAAUUGUGGGCAGUUACAUGGGAGUUCUUAGAAUCUAUAAUCCCCAUCCUGUAAAACCUGGAGAUGGUAUGAAAGCUGAAGAGCUGUUCUUAGAAGUGCAAUUAUGUGAACCUGUACUGCAGGUGGAAGUAGGAAAAUUUGUUUCUGGCACAGAACUACUUCAUCUGGCUGUAUUACACUGCAAAAAACUAUGUGUGUAUGCUGUCUCAGGAACUUUGGGAAACACAGAACAUGGAAAUCAAUAUCAGAUCAAACUUAUGUAUGAACAUAAUCUACAGCGAACAGCAUGCAACAUGACUUAUGGGCCAUUUGGAGGCAUAAAAGGUCGAGAUUUGAUUUGUAUACAGUCUAUGGAUGGAAUGCUCAUGUUGUUUGAACAAGAAAGUUAUUCUUUUGGCCGCUUUCUACCAGGCUUCCUUCUGCCUGGUCCACUAGCCUAUAGCUCACGGACAGAUUCCUUCAUUACUGUCUCUUCUUGUCGUCAGGUUGAGAGCUACAAGUACGAAGUGCUUGCAUUUGCAACAGAUGCUUCCAGGCAAGAAACCGAGCAACAAAAACUAGGGUCUGGAAAAAGGCUUGCGGUGGAAUGGGUUUUAAACAUUGGAGAGCAAGCUCUGGAUAUAUGUGUUGUCUCUUUCAAUCAGACGGUUUCCUCUGUAUUUGUACUGGGGGAAAGAAACUUCUUUUGCCUUAAGGAUAAUGGACAAAUUCGGUUCAUGAAAAAGCUUGAUUCCAGUCCAAGUUGCUUUCUUCCAUAUUGUUCAGUGUCUGAGGGAACAAUAAACACCCUCAUUGCAAACCACAACAGCAUGUUACAUGUCUAUCAAGAUGUGACUUUAAAGUGGGCAACUCAGCUCCCCCACAUUCCUGUAGCAGUAAGAGUGGGAAAUAUACACGAUUUGAAAGGUGUGAUAGUUGCACUGAGUGAUAGUGGCUGCCUACAAUGCUCCUAUCUUGGUACAGAUCCUUCUUUAUUUCAAGCUCCUAAAGUUGAAGCUAGGGAUAUAAAUUAUGAAGAAUAUGAUGCAGAAAUGAAUAAACUUCAGAAAAUCAUAAAAGAAGCCACAAAAACCAAAGAUGUUUUGCUCAAAUCAGAAAAAAAUGAAGAUUUGGCACUUACAGUAGAGGUCUUUUCUGCUCUGGAUUCAGUAUCUCAAGCCAUUGACAGUGAAGUAAAAGCAGAGGUGGUUCCUUCAGUGACAGUAAAGAUCACAUUGGAGAGCAGGCUGACACCACUAAAAACAAAAUUAUCAGUAUGUGUACAGCCUCCUUUAGCACUGACCCAGGACAAGUUCAUCUUGGAAUUAGAGACAGCUAUAUCUAAAACUGUUGUACUUGCUGCCUUUUUAAAGGGCUCUUUCCCACCAGCAGAUCUGGAAGUUAGUGCUUUAGCUUCAUAUAGCACACCAACAGGUAUACCACGAGUUGCCCAGUGUACAUUUCAACUCCCCUUGAAAUUAGUUUGCUUUCCAACUCAGCCUUCAAAAACUGCAAGCCAGAAGUUAACUAUUGACACCAACAAACCGCCGGUUAGCCUUCUUACCCUUUUUCCAGAUUUUGCUGAUCAGACUGAUGAAGAUCACCUGAAUGCUUUAGGAUUUCAAUUAUUGGCUGGCUCCAAAAUUACUUUACUAGCUUCAAAAACAUCACAGCGUUACAGAAUUCAGAGUGAACAAUUAGAAGACAUCUGGCUGAUCGCAAAAGAACUUGCUCUUCGUCUUGAGGAACAUUUCAGGAAACAAAACUGCAAAGAUUUUGCAUGUAAUUUUUCAGGUCCAAUCCCCUUACAAGAAUAUUUUGAGAUAAUUGAUCAUCAUUUUGAGCUGCGCUUGAAUGCUGCAAAAUAUGAGCAGCUAUUAUCUGAAAGAGCCAUACAGUUUAGAGCUAUUGAAAGGCGUCUGCUUGCACGGUUUAAAGAUAAAACCCCAGCUCCUCUUCAACAUCUGGACACCUUGCUAGAAGGAACUUACAGGCAGGUAAUAGCUCUAGCAGAUGCAGCUGAAGAAAACCAAGCCAAUAUGUUCCAGGCAUUCACAAAGCUAAAAAGUGCCACCCAGCUGGUAAUUCUGCUUAUUAGCCUGUGGCAGAAAUUGAGUGCUGACCAAGUUGCUAUUCUGGAAGCUACAUUUUUGCCAUUAACACAGGAUACUCAAGAACUGGGUUGGGAAGAAUGUGUGGAUGCUUCAGUCUCUCACUUGCUGAAAACAUGUUUGUCCAAGAGUUCUAAAGAGCAUGCCUUGACUCUUACCAAUCAAUUUAGUAUCCCUAGGGAUACUAAUAGGCUGAAGAAACACAUUACCUUGUUGUAUGAUAGAUUAGCCAAGGGUGGUCGUAUGUCUCUAAGUAUGGACACUGACUCUCAACAACUGACGGUGUUGCCAGGCGGCUGUACUACUAUCCCAGAAUCUGACCUGGAGGAAAGACCAGCCUCUCAGGACUCCACAAUGAUGUUUACCAAUCACAGGCACCUCACCAAGCAGAAGACCAAACCUGAUUUGCCACAGGAUGAAUUACAGGAAGCAGAAAAGCCAUGAAAAGCUCAAGAGAACCCUCAGGAGGAUUUUUAAAUCUGUGCAUUUACAAUCCAGCAGGACCAAUUUAUUUUCCACUGUACCAACCUCAAGAAGAAAGCCCAAUAACAGUGCAAAAUACUUCCAGUUCCAUUCACUCACCUGGCUCUCCUUUGAGCAGCUACAAACCUUUUGGCAUGUGUUUUCAUUACUGAGUUCUGGACUGCUUACUAAACUGAAGGAGUAAGCAGUCUUACAUUAAUCUGCUGAUAUAAGACUGCUGAUAACUGAUCAAGCACUUCUUUGAACAUAAGUUGUCCAAUCCCUCACACACACACAGCAUAUCGCAUGUUAAAGUUUUUCAUGCUCUGUCUUUCUUAGAGAUUGUGAACUUACCUCUCCCCCCCCCCCCAUUUUACAAUUGAUUUUUAAAAAGUUGUAUUUUCUUUUCCUUCAGCUAUUCAACCAUGUGGUUGAAUUUAUCACUAGAAACCCUGAAUGAUCCAUCCUAUUUCUUCUCCUCACUAUUACAGAUCUACUCUUAAGUGACAUUUUGUGGAUACAGUAUCUUUACUCGAUAAAGUUUUCAGCACUUCCUGUGUGUGUGGAAAAAUGUGCAUGGAGAUUCCUUGUAUUUUUUGUGCAUUGUUCUAUUGCAAGUGGUUUAAAGCAGCAGAGAUAUAAACACGUUUCUGGAAGUUCUGACACCCUGCUACUUAAAAAUGAGGUUGAUAGUUUAGUUAAUGCCAUUUAGCUUGGCUUGAACCAGAUAAUGCAGAAAUCCAAAAUCUGUUGAAUUUUGAGCAUCCUACUGAAUAAAUUCAAAGGGCAGAUUUGAAUUUAGCUAUACAACUUGACUGCAAAAAAUCUAAAUAUACACUUUUAGAAUCCCAGAAUUUCAGGGUCAGAACUAAAAAGUUAGUUUUGUUCUGACAAGCAGACUUUGUACAGCCUUGGUUUGGGAAAUUGGCUUUAUUGUUUACAGUUUUAUAUGCCAGUAGAAGGCAUGUAAAAGGACUAAUGAAGUCAAGAUGAACAAAGUGUUAAUUCAAAGAUGUGUCUCAUUGUCUGAAAAUGGCUCAGGCCUGAUUCCAAUAUGACAUGCUCCAAUUAAAGCAUAUGCUUCUUUUUUUGUUUUGGUCUAGCCGUUGCACCACAUCAAAUUAAAAAACUGUCGCUUAUUUGGCAGCACAUGCAGCAUGACAGUUGAGCUUUGACCGUUUAGCUCUUUCUGAUGGGGAUACAUAAUGCAAAAAUCUCCAGUUCUCAUAGCAUCUUGAGUUGACUGUAUUGGCAAACUUUCCUGCAUUCCAUAGUUUGAAACAGCAGAGAAGCAAGCGUUUCAAACAGUAGAUAAGGGCAAUAACAUUAUUGCAAAUAGAUAACAAUAUUGUUUUCACAUAUAAUUUAUGCAUGCUGUGUCUUCUUUAGAGGUGAAUAUCUUUUAUCGAAAUUUAGUACAAAAUUAACUAUGAUGCACAUUCACCCUUCAUGGGGGAUCCAUUCUGGGAUUCACCAUAAAUGGCAAAAUAUAUGAAUUUUGGGAGGCAGGGAUCUGCUGCCUCCCAGUAACAAAACACAUUUCCUGCAAAAUGUAACACUAUGGGCUAGAGAGUGCUUCAGGUGAUUGGACUAGGAAAUAUGAAUAAGUGAAUAAUCACUUAUUUUCCCAAUAGUCAAUUGCUAAUGACUUCAUAUUUUAUUUGUUCUGGGGACCAAAAUAAAUCCUCCAGUCUUCAAUCACAUAUCUUUAAAAAGACCAAUUUCCUCCUUAUUUUUCUGCACAGUUAUUAUAGUCCUAUUUAGCCCUGUUCGUGUCCCUAUAACAUUACUGUGCUGUAAAUUCAGUUCAGUGAUGCUCUUAUUGAUAUAUCUAAGCAUGUAAAGGUUUCCAAAGUUAAACAAGCAUCUAUCAAGAGUAGGUGCCAACCCCAGAGUGAGCAUAUCUUGUUAUUAAGGCCCAAAUACUGUAAGCAUGUUCCAGCUAGAACUGAAUUAAGCACAUGCAUAACUUUCCUGCUAAAAUCAAUGGGACUUAAAUGCUUCAUCAUACCUAGUUUAUCUUCCACUUCAGCCUGGUGAAAAGUAGAUACAUGAUACAAUUUCACAUUGUAUCAUGUAUAUACACAUAGGGAGAGGCCGUGGCUCAGUGGUAGAGCAUUUUUGGCAUACAGAAGGUCCUGGGUUCAAUCUCGAGCAUAUCUGGUUAAAAGGAUCAGGUAGCAGGUGAUGCAAAAGACUCAGUCUGAGAACUUGAAGAGCUGCUGCCAGUCUGAGUAGACAAUAUUGACCCUGAUGUAUUGAUGCUGAUUCAGUUAGAGAUCCCAUUCCCCUAGUGGGGGUAGGAUAUCCCCUCUCCCUGCAUCCGAUUCCUGCCACCUCUCUCCUGGCCAGCAGGAUGAAAAGUUGUGGGAAUGGGAAUGCCCCACAGCGUGCUUCCAGCGUGCUAGAGCACUUCCUCUUUGCACCAGGGCUGAUUUGAUAAAAAAUGGUUCCCAAUCUAGUGUUUGGGGCCAAUUUUUAUCUAAUCAGCCUUGUGCAGGACCCGUCACGUUCAUGUUGCACCAGGAAUGACGUCAUUCCCGGCACAAAAAAAAGUCCCCUGGAGUGCAUGCAUACUACACACGCGCACAAGGUGAGUCCAGCUGCCAAGCUGCCCCCCUCCCAAAACUCUUUAUACCCCAGUUUCAAGCUGGGGGACCUGGCAUCUCUAGAUUCAGUAUAAGGCAGCUUCAUGGUUCACAUUGCUGGAUGCCCCUAUUUCUGCAGGAUUAGGCAUAAUUCCAGUUAAUCAAUUUUUCUUGGGGGAACCUAGUACUUUAAAGAAGCUUAAAGUUUUUUGUGAUAAAAAUAUUGGAAUAGAAAGAAAGUUAUUCUCUUCCCUCUCUUCUGUUUGCACAUUGUACAUUGACUUGUUUGGAGUCUUCCACCCCGAGUAGGGGUGGCAUGUUCCCUCAUAUUAGCUACCAUCUCCACUUUGUUAGUAACUAUAAUAAUGCAUGUUGCUUUUAGACUCUUGGCUGGCCAUUGAUUAUAUUUUGGUUUCUGUUUUUCUGCUCAUCUGUGGUCUUUGAAGCCUAAGGAAAGAUGUUUUUUAAAGUAAGGUGAGAUGUAUUGGGCACCAUGCCCAAAAUCCCUGCUGUAGAAAAUUUGCAUAACAUUAAUUCCAGCAUUUUGUUUGAAGUCGCAGUUUAGUGCAGGCCCAGGAUUUUGUUCUGAUAGAGGAGGACAGUUUGAAUUAGAGCGUCAACACACUUUAGGCAAGCUUUUAUUUUUGGCCUGUGUCUGCGCAGAAGUAGCAAGAACAGUUUUAACAUGGCUGUUAUAAUUUGCAUUUAAAGUGAAGGGCCUCGUCAGAGUGGUGGCAGUCAGCCCCAGAUGUCAUUUUUUUCUGGUCCUUUCUGUAUACUUUCCUGCAGAAGGAGAAUAUUGGAAACUGCCACAAAAUGCAGUUGUAACUUGUUAAAAAAAUUAUGUGUACUCUUUGCUCUCUUUCUCAGGGGCCACUGAGUAAUCCAUGGGGAAUUAGUUAAUUCCCUGAUCUCCUUAAACAUACAGCUCUAGAGCCUUCUUUUGUAGUCUUUAAGUUCUUUUACAGAUAUCUCUGAUCAAAUAUCCCAUGUUUUGGUUCUUGGUUGUUGCAUGUGAUGGCAUUUCUGUAGUUAUAGUUAUUUUAAUAAUAAUGGUGUUUGAUUUCCUCCUGAGAAAGCUUCCUUCAGUGUUUUCAGAAAAAAGAGGUCAUUCUCUCACAGACGUACCAGUAAAAAAUAGUGGUAGUAGUAAACCAAAGAUAUCCUCCCUGUACUGUCCUAGCUGUAGAAGAAAUGGGAGAAGGUAUGGGAGAGGUCUGUCAGUUUGGCUUCACUCCCAACAAUCUGAUAAAGCUGUAUCUGGACUGUAUCAUUUUAGACUGCUGAUAGGGCCUCACGUGAUUCUUUAUUUUUUAAAAAAUCCUUGUAUUUAUAAAACUGGCAUUUAAAGAGAGAAGGAUUUUCACCUAGCCAUCUCCUUCACUUGCUAGUAUUUUAUGGAACAUUCCAUUAUAUAAGCCUCUACAAGCAGACUGAAUUGGUACAAUUCUGAGACAGAUUUAUUUCUUCCAUGAUAUCUAGACCAUUGUCCAAAUGUAUUCAGGACAUUCACUCUCAGAGUUCCCAUUAAAAAUGAAACACAAUCACGAAAACUUGUCGUUUGCCAUUGCCAUGCCAAUAUAGCCGUUAAUGUUUGGGAGCUGCAUAUUUCUAAUAUACCCCCCCCAAAUGUAUCAGUUGAUCUUAAAAGAGCACUACAAAAUGCUUAAAUGCAGGUAGGCACCUUAAAUGAAAAAGUUUAUUAUUUAGGAAUUCAGAAUCACCAGGCAUUCAGACACAAAUAAAAUUAUGAUAUUCCUAAAGCUGACUUUAACGAGCUUUUCUUUGUCUUAAGAUAACAUGAAAAGUCAAGCACAUAUUUGUAUAGUUGCAAGAUUCUAAAAGCUAAACGUCCACUUCCCAGAGUUUACGGGGCUAGCAAUCGGCCUUGAUUGUGCUCAAGCACAUUUCUCAGAAGAACAAGAAAGUAGGAACCAGGUAUUAUUAUACCAUAGCUAAUUCUCCAGCAGGAAGCUCUGAGUGAAUGCAAAUCUGCAGUUUCCCGGGUACCAUAGCAAAUAUGGGAAACGCCCAUCAAAGCUCAGUCAGGCAUAAGUGCAUCAUGAGCAAGGCAACUGCAACUGUGUCUAGUAAGAAGACUGAUUAAAAUAUAAGGGGGGAAAUCAUGAGGGCAAGCAGGCAGGGUCAGUGGGAAAGGUGGGAAAGGCCCUUUGCUGACAGUAACUCGACUGACUCUCUAAUUUGGAACUUUUAAAAAUGGACCCCAGAAUAUCAUACAAGCCAAUAUAGGCUCAUUUUAUCACAGACAUGUCAUCCUCAUUUUAUACUGAAAAACUCCAUAUGGUAUUCAUUUACCAUUUCCCUUUAUCAUGUGUUGUGAUACGAGGUCUGAAAGUCCUAUGGAAAUUAAGAGUACAUUCCAUCACAAACAUCAUCUGUAUAACAUGUAAGGCAAGCCUGCUCAAUGUGUGGCCCCUGGACCACAUGUGGUAUGCCAGCUGUGUAUUGAGCAGCAAGCCUCAGCCCCAGGGUGGCUGGAAAAUGGAAUUUAUCAAGUACGUGGCCAGUGUUGCCAUGUCCACUCCAAGGCCACAUUUUUUGCAAUCCGGGCUUAUGAUAUGAAUGAAAACUUGCAAGAUCACAGGUUCAGCCGUGCCCUUAUGCAGUUCCCCUCUGUAUUAGUAGGGAUUUAAAGGACAGUUUACUAGGACAGGAACUUUUAUCUGCAGUAUUUAUAAAAGAAGGAAAUAACGGGACGAAGUAUGAGUAGUAAUAAAGUAAGAAGGCUCUGUACCUUGUGAUAAAAUGAAGCAGUUCUUUAGGCAAAUUCUUUUAAUAGGCAAGGGACAUUUGGACUAGGGGAUCAAAGGCCAUUUUGGUUUCCCAUGAUCACACAAGCUAAAAUGUAAUUGAAAAGAUACCUCUGUUUAUUCAACAGUGCAUAACUGAAUGUCCUUAAAAAUAAUAUCAGUUACAAUGUGAUUAUUUUGACUGCCAAAAAUUAGAAAUAGCCAAAUGACAACAUGUGAACAACAAAAGCCAAAAAGUCAGUUUGCUCAUUUUGGAGGGCCAGAUGUGCAGAUGUCAACACCCGCAUUUCUAAAGCCAAUGACGAUAACAUUGCUGACCAUGUCAAGUGUGAGACUGGAACAAUAUUUAGUCAGCAGCAUAAGGUCUGUAACUUAAUAAGGAGGUCUCUAAUCUUUUUUUCUAAAAGGUUUCGUAUAAAUAGCAUUUUCUUAUGUAGCAUUUAGUUAAUUAUAUUUUUUAGCAAGGAAUACAAAUGUAAAAACUGUUCCUUUAAAAUCAGAUAAGCUUUAAAUAUGCAGAAUGGAUGUAAUUUCAUCAAGUUAUUUAAAGAGUAUGUUAUAUUUUUAUGAGAUGAUUGUACCGAAACAAACUUUUGUCUUUGUCAGAUCUAUUAUACACGCAUGUAAAUGUAAUAUUGUGGCUGCAGCUUGGUAAAUUAUAGCCAGUCCAUCAAUGAUACUAAUGUGACCUUUUAAGAAAAUGAUCCUGUUAUAUAACUUUCUACGAUUUUAAAUUCAUUUUUUAAUCCACAUUAUUUUAAAAAAUGUCCUAUUUGAUUUUGGGGUGGAGGGAGCAGAAAAUUUUGUAGAACCAGUUUAGCAACCCAUAACCUUAUUAAGGCCAGACAGUCACAUCAAAGUUGGUAGAGUGUCAUUGAUCUUAAUGGCUUGGAGAACCGAGUUAAUAAUCCAGUUACAUUGAACCAUUUAGAUGGUAUCUUAACAGUACAGUCCUCAGAUAAGUUAACCUUUUCUAAGUGUAUUCACUUCAGUGGACUUAGAAGGGUAUCAUUCUCUUUAGGAUUACACUGUAAGUGCCCUAAAUUGUGGACUGUGCUGACGGGCAGUGGAAGCAUUACUGUGCAGCAUUAAAUGAUUUGUGGGUUGUGCUAUCAUGGCUUGUUUGCCUUUCCAAUUUAGAAUGGUGCACUAAAAACAGAAUAAUUCCUCCAGAGAUCAAAACAUGAACCAUAAUUUCAUAUUCUGUUGAAACCUGCAAAUUGCUUUUGCUGUCAAAAGUAUAUUUUGCUUUCAAAGUAAUAUUAGGCAAAGUGAAAUAAAUGUCUUUUUCCCCUAAUGGAUUUGAUGUUACUUCAGUAAUACGUGAUUUCUUAUUGUCAUCCUAUAUUGCCCUAUAUUAGAAAUAUGCUUGAAUUGUCUUGUUGCUGUAUAUGCAUAAUAAUUGACUGCCAGGGACCAAAGGAAGUCGAGUGGAGAUAAUUGUCAUAUGAAUCCUUCAGUAGGAAAAAAAAUCACUAUUAUUUAUAUAGUAUACUGAAUAAAUAUCUUCCUUAUCAAAAGA